UGCGUCGUGGAUUUGAAAAUAAAAUUUUUAAAAUAUUAAAUAAAAUUUUAAAUUAAUUUAAACAAAAUUAACAUAAUUAUUUAAAAGAAACAUAAAUUAAAAACGUGGUAUAACCAAAUAAUAAAAAAAAAUUUAAACAAAACAAAGCAUUUGGAAAAUCAAAUUUUAAAUUCUACUUUUGUAAUACAAAAAAAACAACAACAAAUUUAUUAAACAUGUUCAGCUCUUUCACAGCCUCCCUUAAGAAUUUGGGCGAUAAAACCGCCAACCUCUUCAGCAAGAAGAAGGAUGAAGCUGAAAAAUUGGCCAAAGAAAAGGCUGAGAAUGCCCAAAAAAUGGCUGAGGAACAGGCCAAGAAAGUAGGCGAGUCGGUGCAGCAAACCAAGAGCGAAGCAGAGAAUUUGGCAGCCAGUACUGCCAAGGAAGCUGCCGAUUUAGCCGCCCAAGAAGCCCAAAAAGCCGGUCAAGCCCUUGAUGCUGGUGUUAACCAAGCUGCUGCUGCUGUAGACAAUACCAAGAAUGCCGUCAGCAAUACCGUGCAACAAGUUAAUACUGUAGCCGCCAAUUCCAAACAAGUUGCUGCUAACAUAGCCGAUGCUUCACAAAAGGCUGCUGCCAAUGCUGUCGAUCAAACCAAAAAGGCUGCCAACGAGGCCAUCAACAAAUCCGUCAAGGCUGCCGAACAGGUGGUGGAAUCUAAAAUGAAGGAAGCCGAAAAUGUUGUCGAUGGAGCCAUGAAAACUACCAGCCAAGCUGUUGAUCACAAAAUGCAAGAAGCCAAUCAAUAUGUGGAUCAAAAGAGAGAGAAUUUGGAAAAGACCCUGCACGACACCGCCGUCCAUGCUCAAGAAUCUGCUGGCAAUCAGGCCGCCAAUCUUAUGGGCAAAUUGAGUUUGACCAAGUAAAUUACAAAAUCUGGCUAAAUAAUAACAAAAUUAAAAAACAAAAAAAUAAUUAACUUUAAAUCAUAAACAAAAACAAACAAACAGCAACAACAACUUUUAAAUAUAAACACACUAACUCAAUUAUUAAACGAAAAAAAUCAGAAAAAACAGAAAAGAAAAUCAGCUUCAUAGAGAAAAAAAUCGUGUGCCAGUUUUGUGAUUUAAAAAAACCAUAUUUUUUUUUGGAAAUUUAUAUAAACGUCAAAAUAAAAUGGAACUUUUUUAAGCAUUAAUGCUAAAAAUAUGAAAACAACACGUGGCCUAUAUAAAACAAGAAAACAAUUUAACAAAAUAUUUCGCUUGUAGUUUAAAUUUAAAGAAAAA